CCGGGGGGGGCAGCUCCGCGCUCCUGCCCCCCCCCUCCCCCUCCCCCCCAUGGACCACCAGUCCAUCAUCACCCAGGUUAGCAAGGAGGAGGUGACCGCCCCGCUGCAGGAGAAAGGUGCCCAGAGCCCCCCGGCCGCUGCCAAGAAGCCUCGGGGCCGCAGCAUCCUCCAGUCCCUCUUCUGCUGCCUGUGCCACGAUGAUGCUGAGCCCUUCUCCGUCAAUAACAACGCCCCACUGCUGGUGGAGGAGAAUGGCACCGUGCCCAAGGCUGCGGUCAAGCACCUCCUGCCCGAGAUCAAGCCUCAGGAUGCCAGCAAGCUGUGUGUGGUCAUCGACCUGGACGAGACACUGGUGCACAGCUCCUUCAAGCCGGUGAACAACGCUGACUUCAUCAUUCCGGUGGAGAUUGAUGGUAUCAUGCACCAGGUGUAUGUGCUGAAGCGGCCGCAUGUGGACGAGUUCCUGCAGCGCAUGGGAGAGCUGUUUGAGUGUGUGCUCUUCACCGCCAGCCUGGCCAAGUAUGCGGACCCCGUGGCCGACCUGCUGGAUAAAUGGGGGGCGUUCCGUGCCCGGCUCUUCCGCGAGUCCUGCGUCUUCCACCGGGGCAAUUACGUGAAAGACCUGAGCCGCCUGGGCCGCGACCUGCGCCGCAUCAUCAUCGUGGACAACUCGCCCGCCUCCUACAUCUUCCACCCUGACAACGCUGUGCCGGUGGCCUCAUGGUUCGACAACAUGGCAGACACGGAGCUGCUGGACCUGCUGCCCUUCUUCGAGAGACUCAGCAAAGUGGACGACGUUUACACAGUGCUCAAGAAGCAGCGGACUAACAGCUAGUGGUGCCCCAGUGUGGCCGGCAGUGGUGGCCCGGUGGCAGCAUCACUGGGGGGCUGUGGGGUUCCCGGUGUCCCCCCAUCACCUUCCCAUUCCCCGCUGUGAUGGUCACAGUGGGUGCUCCACGCAGAAGGGGUGCCCGGGGUGACCCGCUGGGGACAUGUUUGGAGGGGUCCCGUCCUCUCACUGCCCCCCCCUCCCCAAAAUGGUUCUCAGGUCCUUUUCCCCUCUGCAUCCCCUGCAGUGGGGAGGGGAGUUAAGCAGCUGCUGCUUACCACUGCCUUUUGGGGGAACCUGGUCCCCACAGUCUUAGUCCAAUGGGGAGACUGGCAGCCCAAGUUUGGGUCCCAUUGGUCUUGGUGUCACUGCCGUGCCCCCAGCUCUGCCUUCUGUGCAGCUGAUAACUUUGGGGAGGCACCACUCCACACACGCCUUUGUGCCUUCUGGUGCCCCCUCCCCACCUCCAGAGGUGCAUUUUGGGGAGGCUGAGCCCCUGGUUUUCAAUGCCUCCAUGUGCCUUGGGACGCCAUGUCUGUAUGUGUCCCCCCUGCAAUAGAGGUGCCUGGGGAAGGGAUACAAAAUCACCCCCUCCAACCUCACUUUCUUCCCACGGGGGUGGGAAUUCUGGUGGCCUCAAACCCCCACUCCCCUCCCACAGUGCCUCCGUGGCAAUGGGGCCACUCCACUCACCAGCAGGGUUCCCCUGCCUUGUGGGGGGGCCACACGCCCUCUAUCCCCAUCCCUUCUCAGUGUCACCAAAGGCUGUGACUCCCAAUGGGGGUGGCCCAUAGAAGCCUUAAUGUAAUGUCCCACCCCCCCACCUCUCCAUGGCCUUACAUGAACCCUGCCCCCCUCCCCCUUGCCGUGGUCUCCCAGCCUCGAGGGGAUGGAGGGCUCUCAGGGAGGGGGGCGGACUUUUAAAUGGAGGGAGAGCAUAUCUUUUAGAGUCAAUCUAUGGACAAUGAUAUAUUUUUAAGGGGAGAAAAGCAACGGUCUCCCAAAUAAUCAAGGGUGCCUUUUUACCGCUGUGCCAGGGAAUGGGGGAAUCUUUUGGGGGAGGGCUUUUUAACUCUCCGUUACUGUCCGUCCGGCCCCUGCGGUGCUGCCCUUCUCCAAACGCUGGGGGCCAGGGUGAGGGCCCCCCCGGCUCUGCCUAUGCCCCCCACCCUGCACCCUGCUCCUGCAGCGGGGUCCCACUCAGCACUUUAUUGGCCACAUCAGGCAGCACCCAUGGGUGCGCCCCUGGGUGUGUGGGGGGAGGGGGGCUGGAGUUGGG